UUAAAUUAUGCGUUAAAAAUUGAGAUACAGACUUUUUAGGCUAGCAGCUUGGUUAACAAAAUCAGUUGAAUCAUUUGAUAGCUUGGUUUAUAAUAAGUUCAGACUUCUUAGCUUCUGUGCCACACCUGAUCCAGAGGAAGCGACUACGCCUGGGACAACAAAAUUGGUCAGGAUUUUUUUUUCAAAAAACAAAUAUAACGUUUCAAAAAUUGUCGUCCUUUUGUUUGUCUGUUUGUUUUGUCAGCUUAGAUGACAUAUCACGGCUGUGUCUUGUGCUGUAAACAAUUUCUUUUUAAUCGAAAGUUUUGAUUGUAAUUUGUGAGUUGACUUCGUCUGAUUUUUUGUAAUUUCCUUUUUUUAGGUUAAAAUUUUCAUUUGACCUCAAUUGAUUCGGCUAAUGUUGGAGCGAAUCAGUGACCUAAUUUUGCGUCAUAUAAAGAAAAUUAUUAUUUUUAUCCUCUUAUGUUUUUCCGGAGGAGGGGCGUGUUUGAGUUUCAAAGUGUCAUGUUUUCCUAAAUUUGUGUUGUAGCUCAACUGGAGUUUACAUAACAUUUGUCCGCUGAGUAUUUAUCUUACGCUAGAAAUAUCACCAAAGCGAGACCGUUUGAGUAGUCAGAGGAGUCGCGAAUUCAUGAGGGGGCGUCUCCCCUGAAAACGCUACUGGUUUAACUUAUUUCGGUCGCUUGGUUUCAAAAGGUCUUCAAAUUUAGCUGAGCUCUUUUCUUCUAGUAUACCUGCCUUUGUUUUCUGUUCGAAUGUGUUCAUCUAACUUCACGAGCUUAAAAAGUGUUGAUGAAGGAUCAAAUGGGCAAGAAGAAAACGAAGAACAGACGCCUCCUUCUGAGUCGGAAGAAGAUUCAGAGAUGAGUUCGGAAGAGGAUGAGCAGAACCCGGAUGAGCUAAUGAGAGAAGCGGAAACACGUGAUUCGACCUCAGUUUACAAAGAGUUGAUUGGUCGAGCUCGAUCUGCACUGAACAGCAACCAGUUUGAUGCGAGUUUCUCUUGGUACUGUGUGGCCUUGGACUCUUGUCAAAUACCAUCAUCAUCCUCGUCAUCAACAUCUGUUGCUCCUGCAGAUGAUGAAGUCGAGGAUGAGUUUUCAACAGUGACCAGUUGUUUUGGUAAACUACUCUGCCACGAUGACCGAACAGACCACGCUCUACAAUGUCUCAGAAAGGCACUAUCAUUGUUCCCCAACAAUACGAGACUCAACCUAGAAUGUGGGAAGCUCCUUCUCUCAAACUUCGAUGACAAAGAAGGUGCCUUCAAACUCAUCUGGAAAUGCUGUACUUUGAAUGAUAGUGGAACCUCAGAACCAGAAGAAGUAACAGAACUGAGAAGAGAAGCGGUUGACUUGAUUAGAAAUAAUUUCAUUGAUCAGUGGUUCUUCCGAAUGCUGAAUGACAAGCGAAGGAAUUUGACUUACAAAUUAGCCAUCAAACAAGUGUUUGACAAAUCUAAUGGAGCGUCUGACAAAGUAGUUUUCGACUUGGGAUCCGGGACAGGACUUUUAGCUGCAUACUGUGUUCUUGCGGGGUUCAAAAACAUCGUUGCGUGCGAAAAGUCACAGCUAAUGGGUGCUAUGUCAAGAGAAGUUCUAAACCAAUUUCAGUCAGGAGAAUUAAAUAUUUCAGUCGUGUGUGGUCUGGCUGAACAACUUUGUGUGAACUCCGAGUCUCUCCCUCAUUCUCAAAUUGACAUGAUUGUCACCGAAAUAUUCGAUUGUGCUUUUUUCGGUGAACACGUAUUACCAAUCAUGCACAAAACUUUGAAUAGUUUACUAUCCCAACAGUCGAAAACAAUAGAGGAAAUUGACUGUGUUCCAAGAAGAGCUGUUGUUUAUGCGGUACCCAUUGAAAGUGAUAUCGUGCGACGAUCCUUUUAUUUCCGAAACGAUAUUUUGGAUGAAGUGAAGCUGCCGUUUGUAUGUUUUGGACGAAAGGACUCAGCUACUUACGAGAAUGUUAUGUUAAGCUCCAAUUCUAGUAGUUAUAAGUUGCUAUCGAGAGCGGUAGAAAUAUUCGAAAUUGAUUUUAAGAAACUUGCAGACUCUAAUUAUUUAGAAGAAUUUGAAAAGCCCAAAAAGCUAUCUUUUCAAAUUGAAAAUAAUGGAUAUUUUGAUGCAAUUAUGGUUUAUUUCGACUUGCUUCUAAGCGAGGAUUUCCAAAUAACGACAAACCCAAGUGAUGAUCAAUGUUGCAAAUGUUGGGGUCAAGCUAUUUUUCCUGCGAGUGUUAAUUCUAGAAUCAUACGUUCAAACGAAUCCUUGGAGUUCGUGGUUGAAGUAGAUAAUUUGACCGAUUUAUCUAUUCGAACAAUUGAAUUUGGAAAUUUUAUUUCAACUAACAACGAAAUAAUUUGGACAGAAGACUCGUCUUUUAUUUCGUGUCUGAACAAUUCUGUUUGUUACUUCCAUUAUUUGGAUCAUAUUUUGAAAAACAAAUUCGAUCAAUGUAACGAAAACCAGGAUAACGCCGUUUUAGUAGUUCUCUCAGAACCGAGUUUGGUACCGGUUUAUUUGAUUCUUUCUUCCAGCGUCUCCAAAGUCAUUAUUUAUUUGAAGGGAUUUCAUCAGUCUACUUUGAAAGAUUUCUCAAAGUUUGUGAGCUUCGUUCGAGAAAAGAAAAAUGUAUCUAACGAUUGUCUUAAAGUUGUAGAAUCAUUUAACGGAGUUGAGUCUCUGAGUUAUCGGUUGGCUUAUUUUGACUUAGUUUCAAGAAGUGGGAAAUUAAAUCAAGAUGUUCUGCAAACUUAUGUUGACCUGAAAACCAUUUUGAAAAGUUCAGAUUUUAUUCCCCGAAAGUUGAAUGUUUACUGCCGAGUUAUUGAAUCUGAAGAACUACUCGGUAACAAUGAAUUAUUAAAAGAUUUGCAUGUUUGCGGAGUUCAAAUGAAACCAUAUCUUGAAAUGUUCAGAAAAUCUUUGUUUCAAAAUAUAGAUUUGCAAUUUGUUAGCCACAAAUAUAUUUCUGCAGCCUUUGAAAAAGCGGAGUCUUUUGAUUUGAGUUAUUUGAACAGUUUUGAUGAUUUGACCUUGAAAUACAAAGCAAAAAACGUAAAAUAUGAAGAUGGUUUGUCGCCUAUACUGUUAUUGUCAUAUGGAAUCCAGUUUUCUUCCGCGGAAAAGGAUGAAUUGCAAACACAUGAUGAUCAUUUGGAUUUCAAAUUAUGCGGAGUUGUGCUUGCUGAAAACAGCACCAAUUAUACAUCACAAAAACUUGAAAACUUCACUUUUUGUAUGAACGGUGGGAUGUUUGAGCUAAUCAGUAGCAUUUAA